AUGUUCACGGGAGGUGAUAUGGUGGAAUGGGCUUCUCAAAUGAAGAUCAAGAUGCUACACUCGACCCCAUACUAUGCACAAGCCAACGGACAAGGUGAGGUGACUAACAACGCUAUCAAACUCAUCGUUCAAAAAAUGAUAGAGGAAAACCCGAGACAAUGGCAUGUUUUGCUAUCAGAAGCCGUGUGGGCGAAUAGGACCAGACAGAAAUCGGCAACCGGGACCUCGCCAUUUAGGAUAGUGUAUGGCCAUGAUGCGAUGCUGCCGAUGGAGCUAACUGUAAUGUCUACUCGCCUCUUGUAUCAGAACAAAUUUUCUACGGAUGAUGACUUCAAUAAGAUGGCAAUCUUUCCUAUUGACCACAAAGAUAGGGGAUUUGGUAAAUGGAGUCCAAACUGGGAAGGUCCUUUUAUUGUAACUACUAAGUUAGUGGGCGGUGCUUAUGUCUUGGCGGAUAUGACGGGGAAGAGUAUGACAGGGCGAUUAACGGUCAGUUUUCAAAGAAAUAUGUUCCUAGUUGCUGGGAGAACAUAG